GGUAGUGUAUCAUGACUACAAUUAGACAGUACUUUAUUCAAAGGCUGUAAACUUACAAGAAUCAACUGUACUAUAAAUAGAUUGCAUAUUUAAGACCAUGGCAAAAUCAUCUAGAAUUACAAAAAGUUGAGUUUACUUUUGUAAAAUAAAUGCAAUUUCUUAUUCUCUAGUCUUAAGUAAUCAACUAAUAGAGAAAAAAGUCUUAAAAUUAAUAAACUUUCUACAAAUUCAAAAGUUUAAUUACAAGCCAUCGGAAAAGACUCAUUGAUAGUUUCUAGAGAGCAGAGAUAGCAACUAAUGUACUAUGAGUAAAGUAAUGUAUGAAAUGAUCAUAAUACAAUUAAGAGAAUAGAAAUAUCAUUUUGUAUG